GUUGAGUAAGUAUCGAUGGUAAGCACACUUCACGAUCAUAGACCUACCAUGCCGGGAGUGGGUCAAAAGCUGUUUGCGGUCUUGAAACACAACGGAGUAUCGUUUCGUGGAGUAUUGUUCCAUGGAUAUAGGUCAGAGCAAAAGCCCACAAGACUGGGUGCCACGAGGAACCUGUGCUUGUCACAGAGGUACAGGAAGUUGCAGAGCCCACAAGACCAGGACGAUGAGGAAAUUGAGAAACCAAUAAAAUUCUCCUCCAGCAAAGCCAGCCACCGUGUCUGGAGUGUGGAUCGUUCAUUUGGGAGUACCCAUGAGCGGCCUUGGUGGAAAGUCCUCCCGCUCAGCCUGUUCGGGGUUUGCUUCUUGCUGUGGUGUGUUUUUCGGCAAGAAUCUCAAAUCGAUGAAAAGCUUGAAAAACGACUUGAUGAACACAUUCCUGGGUUACUUUCAGAUGAAGAUGACACAGACGAAGACGAGACAAGGCCGGAUUCAUGAUAUUUAAUAAACGAACUAAUACUUUUUUUAUUGUUUCCAUUUGAUAUUUAUUGCAAAUAUGGCCAUGAAUACAGAUUCAUCAGAUUGACCAGUGUGUAACUCUGCAUUCGGAACAUUCUGCUCUGAACUAAGAUGGACCUCAAAUAUGAAAGCAUAUGAUGCAUAUUUUAAUUCACUGUUCAGGAUGAGGUCAGGUGAUGUGAUAAUCCCUGUAAAUUGUAUGCCCACAGUGCACUGUAAGUGUUUACAAAUCCCUGAUAUCUUGCUGCUCAAUUAGCAAUGGCACCUCACUAAAUGCCUUGCAGGCACUAAUUAAAAACGUAUCAUCAGUUGGCACUGAGGUACGUAAAUGUCAGUCUGUCAUAUAAUGAAAAGUAAAUGUGCCAUUCCUGUGACCAAUGUGUUUUAUAUGAACAUAAAUUAAAUGGCCAUUGCAGGGAUAUGACUAUUUUUCAUACCACUAUAGGUGGUUGGUUCAUUCUGUAAACUGGUUUUUUUGUUUGCCAAUACAUUUCUGGUGUUAACUUGCUCUUGAACAAGCAGUUGAUGUGGGAAACGCAAGUGUGCCUACCUGUUUGAAAGCUUAAGUAAUCUACUUGGGAUUCAAAGUCAUAUUGGUCAUAUCACAAAAUUGUGCAACCCUGGACAUUUUGUGCAUAACAGUUUGAACGGUUAUAAUUGCACGUUAAGCAGUUGGGUGAAACAAUUUACCCAUCAAUGUACUGCAAAAAUGAUAUGUUUUAUCUGGUUAACUGGUGAAAAUAUUCAGCUGAGAGUUACAAGCAAUAAAUAAUCCAUCACGCAUUG